AUAUAAUUCUAAAAAGUCCCCCCUCUAAACUUUCUACCGCUGUUUCGACCAGGUCAGGUAGAAAAAAAACAAAUCACUUUGUUUUCCGAAUACUGAUCUUUUCAUCUCAACAUCAAUGCGAAAAGAAGGAAGAUAAGAAAGAUACCUCGGCGUGGCAGUAACCCACCCCUCUGUAACGGCGGCGCAAUAUCGCGUGCCAAAAUCCGUUACGGGCCGAAAUUCUAAUUGGGCACUUCCACUCCUCGUCAAUACUUCAACGCUUUGAUACUUUGAUCCUCGCUUUCAAGCGUCUUGAGACCGCUUGAGACCUCAACAUCAAUACGAUACAACUCGAUCUUGACAUCAUUGUACCCAACGUUUGGUGGGAUAGGACGAGCCAGAUCUAUCACCAAUACAUCACUUCCAAGAUCUCAGACUCGACAUAUUACUACUCUGACGACCUCAGCAUUUCAGUCACGACUUACCCCGUACGACAUAAACCCUGAACAAGCUAGUAUAUCUUAUCUACAAACAUUCAUUAACAAGAUCCUGAAGCACUUGCGAUCAAGAUGGAUCCUAAUAAUCGUCUCUACCUGAAUUUCGGGAAUAAUAACGAGCGGCUCGCCCCGACCGACCGACAAUACCCUACUACACCUUCGACUUUCCCUCAGCCUGUAUUCCCAGCGCCCUCCCAGCAGCAUCUUGCAGCUCAGCAGGCUCAAGCUGCGCAGCAGUACGCUGGCGGUUAUGCUCCUUCUAACAAUUACUUUGCGCCCAACCAGUAUCAAGGCCCUUCCGAUUACGUCGGUGGUUCAGGUGGUUACCAGCCUAGAUCCAACACGCCGGGUACCAACGAUCCGAAUGUUGGCCUGGCACAUCAGUUCUCUCACCAGAACCUAGGAGGUGCUGCGCGAGCCAAUAAUUAUGGCUCUCGAGGAUCUGGUCCAGGCCAACGACCUCGAACUGCCGGUUCAUCUGGCCAGCAUCCGGCCCAUAACUACCAACAUCCCCCAUUGCCUACCUCCGCUGGUUCUCGCCAACCCGACUUUCAACCUGCGCCAGAACGGAACCCGGAGAAAUAUGGACUUAAUGCGAACAAUAAUCAGAAGAAGUGUUCUCAAUUAGCGGCUGAUUUCUUCAAGGAUAGCGUGAAGCGAGCUCGAGAGCGUAAUUUGAGGCAGAGCGAAAUGGAACAGAAGCUAGGGGAUCCCAAUCAAUCCUCAUCGAGACGGGAGCAGAUCUGGCAGAAUGGCGGCAAGAAGGAAGCGCGUUACCUUCGAUUUUUGCGCACCAAGGAUAAGCCAGAGAAUUACAACACCGUUAAAAUCAUCGGAAAGGGCGCUUUUGGCGAAGUCAAAUUAGUCCAAAAGAAGGCAGAUGGUCAGGUCUAUGCGAUGAAGUCCCUCAUUAAGACCGAAAUGUUCAAGAAGGAUCAAUUGGCUCACGUUCGAGCCGAGAGAGAUAUUCUUGCCGAAUCUGACAGCCCCUGGGUGGUUAAGCUGUUCACGACCUUCCAAGAUGCUAACUUCUUGUACAUGCUUAUGGAGUUCUUGCCGGGCGGAGACCUUAUGACUAUGCUCAUUAAGUACGAGAUCUUCUCCGAGGACAUAACACGAUUCUAUAUCGCAGAGAUUGUGUUGGCCAUCGAAGCAGUUCACAAGCUUGGAUUUAUCCAUCGUGACAUCAAACCCGACAAUAUCCUUCUUGAUCGAGGUGGACACGUGAAGCUUACCGAUUUCGGUCUUUCUACAGGUUUCCACAAGCUUCACGAUAACAAUUACUACCAACAGCUCUUACAGGGGAAAUCCAGUCGUCCGAAGGAUCGGAACUCCGUUGCGCUUGACCAGAUUAACCUGACGGUCAGCAACCGUUCCCAGAUCAACGACUGGAGAAAGUCUCGAAGGCUAAUGGCGUACUCUACUGUCGGAACACCCGACUACAUUGCACCUGAAAUCUUUACCGGGCACGGAUACACGUUCGAUUGCGAUUGGUGGUCGUUGGGUACUAUUAUGUUCGAAUGUCUCGUCGGCUGGCCGCCGUUCUGCGCGGAGGAUAGUCAUGACACGUACAGAAAGAUUGUCAAUUGGCGACAGUCUCUUUACUUCCCCGACGACAUCACCCUUGGCGCUGAAGCAGAACAUCUAAUCCGAAGUCUCAUCUGCAAUACGGAAGUACGACUUGGGCGGAGUGGAGCGCAGGAGAUCAAGAAUCACGCGUUCUUCCGCGGUGUCGAAUUCGAUAGUCUUCGCCGUAUUCGCGCUCCGUUUGAACCGCGCUUACAAUCUGCCACCGAUACUACAUAUUUCCCUACUGACGAGAUCGAUCAGACUGACAACGCAACCAAUCUACGGAACCAGGCUAUCGCCACCGGUAAACAGGUGGAAGAAUCUCCCGAGAUGAGUUUACCGUUUAUCGGCUACACGUUUAAGCGGUUUGAUAACAACUUCCGUUAAUCAUGCACGCCUCACCCAGGCCUAAAUCCGGUUGUUAAUCGUGAUUUAGAGAGUUAACAGUCAGAAAGUUGAAACUUCACAAUAUCGGAUUUAGCUAUCACCGCCGAAUCGUCUCAUAUCUCCCCCAACCACAAUACGUAACAUUUCUGCGAGACCCGGUAGUCUCACAUAGAGAAGAUCAAAGUACAUCUUGAGAAGAGGAUACCAUAGUCUGCUUGAUCACAUAUCUUACUAAAGCCACGGAAUAUUUUUGCUUUUUGUAUCUUGCAAUGGUUUUCGCUACGUUAUACACAACGUACCAACAGCAAACUUAACGAUGCUUUACUGGCUACGAAACUUACGAUGAUUGCAGCAGAGAUGGCGUGUCAUCUUGGAAGAACGGUGGCCGCUUAGCGCGUGGUACCAUAGAACAAUGCAGAUUAGUUAGACAGCCCCGCAUCGUGAUCAAAAUAAAGUCUUGUGCUUUCA